AUGUUUGGAACCCAUCUAAAGUCUGUUCCCCUUCGAUAUAGCAAGCACCGUGAACGAAAGGAGAAGUAUAUAAAGUCCCUCGAACAGGAGCUACUGCGCCUUCGACACGAGAGAGAGUCUGUCUCUAGUGAUAUCGACCGAUUCACAUCGGAAAACAGCCUCCUCAGAGAGAUCAUGCGAGCUCAUGGUAUCCAGAUGCCACAGAAGAAGCCGCGGGACCGGCUAGCCAAAGUGACCGUGGUGGGCGAGCCCGGGUUCGGCCAGCGACUGCAGGUUUCUCUCGAUGAAGGAGAGAACAAGAUACCCAAUUUCUAUCCGGAAGGCUUUGGAGUGACGUUUGCCCAGAAAGUCCUACAUAAAGCAGCGGAUCUCUUUACGUCGCCGCAGAUUGAGAAUCAGAUUGCUCCAGAUGAGCCUCGGCCAGAGGACUUCAACAGUGAACUUCAGAUACGGCCCAAGAACAGCUCAGAUGCAUGGGGAUAUGAACCGCAAGUUCCUGUGCGGUCGCAUCCAUACCACUUUGAUUCAACUCAGGUUGCUGUUGAUUUUGUUUUAUUCCUUGAGCGUUGUUGUUUACGUCACCGUAUGCUUGGGAAGCAGGGAUUCUCAGGACAUGCACUCACCCUUCAAGCGCCUCUGCUUGUUGGGUCCCCUCCGGUGCUGCAGAACCAGUCGACAUGGGAGGUGCCUGCCAGUGAACUCGAGAGGUUGUUUGAGCUUGCAGGCGCGCUGAACCUGGACGGAGAAAUCACUCCAGUACAAGCAUGGCGGCUUAUCAGUGACCACCCCAAGUUCUACAAGCUGGAUCCCCCGGGUUUACAGAAGAUAAGCGAGGGGCUUGUCAGAACCAUUCACUGUUUUGGGUUCGGCGCUGUGCUGGACGAACAGACGUCUAUCAAUAUCGUGGAGAAAGUAUAUGCAUCAUUUUAG